AUAACUUCUUUUCCUUCUUCUUUGUCUUUGCUAAUUUGCUUCUACUUUAUUUUUCUUCUUCUUUCUCGUGAACCAAACAGAAAAUUCCUGAGGGAAAAAAAAGAAAGAAAAAAUUAAAAGCUGACGUGAAUUUAUAAAUAUAUGUUGAGGAUCUAAAAGCGAGCGAAACAAAGAGAGACGGCGGAGACGAGAAAUUGUUGGAUACAAUCGAAGAGGUUGGAGGAAAGUUUUUGCAGGUUCUGGAAACUAAUCGUGAAGAUUUCUUUUGUUUUUGUUCAAGUUUUUUGAGAAUCCGUAAGAAAAGAAGCCUGUGAACGAAGUUCAAGAGAUUUGCAGCUACCGCCAUGUUCAAUUCUUCUCUGGAAAUAAUUUUGUUUGAUUUUUGUUUGGCAGAUACAUUUGGAAGAUUACAGAGCUGUUUUCUGGAGAAAUUUGGACUGAAUUCAUCUGCGGAUAAGCAGAUCAAUUGCUGACAUAUUCAAAGGAUUUAGAAUCUUGUAUCACAAGAAAGUGCGGAGAAUAGGCUGCAAAUGUCAUUAUUUUGUUGAAAUACAAAGUAAAUUUGUGUUCAUAACCAUAAGACUGAAGCAAAGUUGUAACGGCAAGGCUGAGUGAUUUCAGGUGUGCACGAAAGAAUGGAGAAGGACUCAUUAAGGAACAAUAAUAACACUGGUAUUGGUAGUAGCACCAACUACAGCAGAGACAGAGCUGCCGGAGCCGGAGUCGACGGCGGGUUAUUAAGAUCCAGCUCGGAUCCGGCCAAGCAAACGGCGUCGUCUUCUGCUUUCGUUUUGCAGUGGGGAAAUCGGAAGCGUCUCAGGUGUAUGAAGAUCCAGGUCAAAGACGAUCAGUCUGGACCGGUUAGUCGAACCACGGUUCGAGUCGACCGCCGAGUCGUGAGGGCCGACAUGGAUUCUUCAAAUCAGCCAAGCAAUAACAAUCACGGGAACGGAUAUUUUAACCUCCGUCAACGGCCUGCUUCCCCUCAAGCUCCGCCACCUCAGCGCAUUCUCAGGAACUCUGAGAAUUCCAGUGCUAUGAGAGGCCAAAGCAACGGAGCAGCUGUUAGGGGAUUCGCCUCGCCAGAUAGGGGUGCGCACGAUAAGAGAGUGGGUGGUAACAACCAUAAUAAUAACCACCACCAGCUCCACCAGCGAAGCAGCCACAACAACCAUGAUAACAACCACCACCACAGCAAAUCAGCGGCGUCUUCCGAGAUGGCUCACGACAGCAAAAAGGGAGGCUCGUCUUCAGGAAGCGGCGAGGCAGCUGCUCCGCCCAUCGUUUGGCCUCCGAAAUUCGUGAUCGCUUUGACGAAUAAAGAGAAGGAAGAGGAUUUCAUGGCCAUCAAAGGAUCUAAACUGCCACAGAGACCCAAAAAACGAGCGAAAUUCAUUCAACGAACUCUCAACCUGGUAAGUCCGGGGGCGUGGCUAUGCGAUCUAUCCCUCGAACGAUACGAGGUCAGGGAGAAGAAGAUCACAAAAAAGAGACCAAGAGGAUUGAAGGCAAUGGGAAAUACUAAUAUGGAAUCGGACUCCGAAUAAGACGGAACUGAUGAAACGUUGAAGGUAAGAUGGUCUUUAUGUUGAAGAUGACAAGAAGGAUAUGAAGUGGUGUAAAUGAGGACAGGACCCUUUGAGAUGAAUUAAAAAGAAUGAAAAAUCAAAGCCAAAUUUUAUUUUCUA